GAGAGCAGCAUGCAGAUCUACAGGCAGACGGACGAACACUUUGAGGUCUACACCACCGUCUUCUCUCCUAAAGUGAGCAGGACCAGGACCAGGACCGGCUCCGGGACCGGGACCAGACAUGUGGAGGCAGAGAAGGUGGUGGCGGUGAUGCAGCACCGGUCCAGCUGGCAGAAGGAGCUGGACCUGAACCAGGGAGACCUGAUCCAGGUUCUGUUUAAGGAGGACGAGUCCUGGUGGUUUGGACGGCUGAGUGACGGGACGGAGGGUUACUUCCUUGCAGCCUGCGUGGAGCCGCUCCAGGUAACAACACCCACCCGGCCUACUGGGUCUACUGGGUCUACUGGUCCGUCUGGGGGGGGGUUCCUGCAGAAACUCAGCUGCUGA